CUGACCUCUUUUUCACUCUUAACCCGCUUCCUGAGAACUCACUCAACAAGAAAACUGUGCCACACAUAUGAAGAAAAUAUUCAAAGAAGAUGGACUCUCGAUGUGGAAUCAGUUGGGAGGAAUUGGACCUGUCAGGACAAAAACUGAAGUCCCUUCCUCAGGCUCUUCAAACGCAUGCUAGCAGCGUGGAUCUGCAGAGGAACAAACUGAAACGGGUCACCGGCAUCUCCAGAUUCACCCACCUGACGGAGCUUAAUCUCUCCAGGAACAAGAUCAUGGAGUUUUCUCCAGAAAUGCACAACCUGCACAAACUAGAGAUACUCUACAUGAACCAGAACAACAUCAGAGCCAUUCCAGAGGGAAUCUUCCCACAUCUUAGGAGGUUAAAGUUCCUAAAACUCAGCACCAAUCGCUUGGCCAAGCUUCCUCCAGAUAUAAACCAAUGCACCAGUAUCACACACCUGGACCUUUCCAAGAACUGCCUGCAAAACAUCGAACCACUAGUUGGUCUCCCAAAACUGAAGGAGCUUUUGGUUGAGAGGAACCAACUUACCGAGCUCCCGUCCAAGCUCUUCCAGAACGGUAGCUGUGAGCUGACCGUGUGCAAGGCCAUGGGCAACCCACUUAGGUGCCCUCCAGAGGAGGUCUGUGCUGGAGGAGUCAUGGACAUCCAGAGCUACUUCCGUCAAAUGGAGGAGAACCCAAACACACGCAGUGGGUGGACAGUCAAGACCAUGUUCCUGGGCUCCUCCAUGGCAGGGAAGUCCACACUCUGCCGCAGCCUGAGGGAAGGGAAGCCCGUGGCGGUGGCAGUGGAGGACCGGACUGAGGGAAUCGAGAUCAGUCAACUGUACGCGCAGGAAGUCCGUUUCCUUUUCUGGGACUUUGCAGGGCAAGAGGAGUAUUACCUGACACACCAUGUCUUCAUCACACCACGGGCCCUUGUUAUCCUUACUUUUGAUUUAGCCAGCUACAGCAUUGUAGACCCACAUUCUUUCAAAGACCAACUGUGGUUCUGGAUAAACAACAUACAGCUGCGUGUGCCAGACUCAGUGGUCCUGCUGGUGGGAACACACUGCGACCAGUGCAGAGACCAGGAGGAGGUGAUGGAGAAGAAGGAAGACAUUGAGGAGAAGGUAGAAAUUAUGUUGGCAAAGAGGAAGACGGUUUUAAAACACCUGAAGAAAAAUCUGGAAGAAAACAUGGAUGUCUCUCUCUUUACGGACCAGCUAGAUGAGCUGGAUUGCCUUUUGGAAUACAAUUUGAAGGUUCUAGAUCUUGUAACCCUUGACUGCACAAGGGCUGAGGAUAUUGCAAAACUCAGAAGUCACAUUUUGACGUGCAUUCAAUCAGAGAGUGUGUUUCUGUGCUCUGAGAGCAUCUUACCAAAAAGCUAUGAAGCGGUGGAGCAAGCCAUUCAUACACUUGUGGCGCAAGAAGAAAUUCCCCAACAUGGUAUUAUUCUACUUGAAGAACUGGGUGAUUUAAUUCUAAACCAUGUUGAAAUGAGCAGAGAGAGUCUCCACUCCAUCUUGCAAUUCCUCUUGAGAUAUCUGCAUCGGAUUGGGGUGAUCGUUUGGUACGAAGACAUCAGUGUACUCAGUGACAGAGUUUUUAUUCAGCCUUCCUUCCUCAUCUCAAUGUUCAAGACUAUCGUGCGACAUGACCUGGUGCAGCAGCUGGAGGGGGUCUCCAGAGACCUUCUCAUGCAGGAGGGGGCUCUGGUGAAACAGAAGUUCACCUGGGUGGAUGACUUGAGGUGCAGAGGCACCCUACACAAUGCAGCCAUGCGCAUCUUGAUGCGCCGAGAGUUAGAGAAACUGGAUGUGGAUGACGAUGACUUGGUCGGAGAGGUGGUGGGGACCAAAAGGGAGGAAGGCAUAAUACUCACCCUACUGCAGCAUUUUGAGGUCUGCCUCCCCGCUUUUGUCGGGAACUACCUGAACCCCCAAGCACCAGAGUUCGUCCCUGGCGGAAAGCAGUGGGAGUCUGCCGGGGAGGCCAAGAGAGAUCCAGAUGGAGCCUGUCUCUUCCCCAUCUACCUGAAGGACGACCUCGUAGUCUGCCACAAGUGGGGUGAGGACAAGCAAGAUGACCUCAGUGUCCACGUGUACUUCCUUCCUGAGAUUCCUCAUGGCUUCUUCCACAGAGUGAUCAUCAAGACGUGCUCCCUGUACCCGGCUCACUGGGUGGGGAGAGAACAGUGUCUUCUCUGCUGUGGAAACAGACUGGCUCUGGUGAGACAGAAGAAUGAAGAUGAAGAUCCGUUCAUAGAGAUACGCUGCAGGAGACCAGAGAAGGAUGAGGAGUUUCGUCAGUUGUGGGAUCUGAUCUUGGCGGUGAUGUCCAAGUUGUUUGUGCUGUCCAGGCAGUGGCCAGGACUGACUCAGCAGGUGCACACACCCUGUCCAGAGAGAGGCUGUCCACACUACUUCACCUGGAGGGACUGGCAGGAGCUCCACAACGCUGACUUCUACAACAUUGUGAAGGAGGAGAAACUAGUUUGCCAGGGAGGCCACACACGACGGACGGAGCUGAUUUUUCCAAGAGUGAGGCGUUUGAUGACACAGCCCAACGAAGAUGACUCCAAAUGAGAAACGUCACGUGACCACAUAAUUCUGCAAUGGCAACAACUAUGACAGACUUAAUUUUGUCAUUCUUGUGAAAAUAAAUAAAUAUGUUAAAAGUU